AUGGUCAGAUCAAAAGCCAAACGAGCAGCUGCAGCUGAGCAGCAUGCACUCCAGCCUGAGCUAAGCCAGCAACAAAACGAAACACAAGAGCCAGGUCAGACAGACAAUCUGAAAAAUGACAUUCGAAAGAAGGUGCGAAUGAAUAUGGUGAUGAGGGAUAGUAUCGACAAGGAGGAGAUCAUAUCAAGUUAUGUUGAAGAUUAUCCUGAAAAAGCCGAUUGGAUUCGAGACAUUGUGCUUGGAUAUGCGUUGGUCCUCGAAGACAAAGCAGCCAAAAAGGCGGCCGACUCAUCGAAGCCUGAAAAUGGGCAGAUAGGAAGACCAAAGGCAGAGGCAGAAUCUACGCCUGUUGAUAGUGCUCCUCCAAGUGAAGCUUCACAGCGGGUCUUUGAAAACAAGAAUAAAAAGAAAAAAGAAAAGCCCGUCAAAGAGAAGAAGAAAGAGAAGAAGCCCGUUGAGAAGGUCAAGGAUCCAAUUCAGAGCUCGAAUAAUUCUGGUAGCGAGAAGGGCCAGCCAAAGCAAUUUUCACAGCCAAAGCAGCCAAAAUUUGAACAUUUAGUGUCCGACACUCUGACAAAACAAUCCAAGGCGAAGAAAGCAAAGAAGCCAAAGGAGAACAAAAAUGUGGUAUCAGAACCACUUUUGGAAAAGGAAUCAAAACUGGAAGUUGUUGACGAACACGCCGACCUUGUACAAUCUACAAAUGCAAUUCUAAACGAUUUCAAGGAACAUUUAGCUACUCAGCGCCUGACUUCUGAGGAGCACAAUAUUCCACGAGCGUCAAGGACACCGGAUUUGGAGCAUCAGCUUCAGUUUCUGAGUAUUUCAGAUGAAAACUCCAGUUCCUCGGACGAAAAUCCUCGUAGUAUUGAGCAUUCAGUGCUUGUUUCACCAACACUUGAGGACAUGGGAAACAAAAUGCCAUCUCAAUUUGGUCUCCUUGGGCAUUUGGCGUCACAGCAGUCUGAAGACCUCGUUGACCCGAGAGUAAUGCUAAAUACGAACACGCCGUUUUCUGCUUUCAUCUGUGGUCUACAGGGUAGUGGAAAGUCACAUACUACUUCUUGCAUAAUAGAAAACUGUUCCUUGCCCUUUCCCGCUCUUGGAGUACUGAAGAAGCCACUCUCAACACUCGUUCUUCACUAUAACGAGUAUAGCUCCAAUGUGAGUAAUCAACCCAGCGAGGCAGCGUUCCUUGCUUCUACAAUGCCAGAAUACAGCAAAAAAUUCCACAAGUCUAUUCCAGUCCGGGUUUUGACAUCGCCUUCCAACUUCCACAACCUCGAAAAGAUGUACUCGCAAAUUCCCAGCGUUAGCGUUCAUCCAUUCCGCCUUCAGCCUCAUCAUUUGAACAUUGCAACAAUGCUGUCGCUCAUGUCGAUGGGCAAGAAGGACUCCAAGCCCCUGUACAUGGCUCAACUGACUAGGAUCCUGCGUGAAAUGGCUCUCACUAACAAAGGACGAUUUAACUACUUUGACUUUCGGCAGCGGUUGAAGGACCUGCGCUUGGAUCGCACUCAGACACCAUUUUUGGAGCAGCGUUUGGAUCUGUUGGAUUCCUUCCUUGACUUGAAAGGAGUAGAUAAGACUGGCGGAGACUAUUUCGUUGAAGGCGGAGUCACGAUUUUGGAUUUGUCAUGCCCAUUCAUGGACCAGGACACAGCCUGUAUUCUGUUCAGAAUUGCAAUUGAUCUAUUCCUGCAUUCGUAUCCAUCUCGUGGAAAGAUGAUUGUGGCUGAUGAAGCACACAAGUACAUGACCAACACCGAAGCCGCAAACGCUCUAACAGAGACAUUCCUCAACAUCAUCCGCCAACAACGCCAUCUCGGAACUCGAGUCAUCAUCUCAACCCAAGAACCAACCAUAUCCCCUCGUCUCAUCGAUUUGUGCUCUAUCACCAUUGUCCACCGCUUCUCCAGCCCAGAAUGGUACCAAACAAUCAAGAAGCACCUCCCAAUCGAGCAAAAGAAGGACGACAAUGGCGAAAAUACUAUAGAUGCAAUGUAUGAGAUCUCAAGUCUUCGUACCGGUGAAGCACUGGUGUUUGCGCCCUCGGCACAUCUUCUGGAUGGUCAUCAGGAGGUGAUGGAUGUUAAGCAUAGGGUGUUUAAGAUGGUUAUUCGAAAGAGGGUUACGUGGGAUGGUGGUCAGACUAUCAAGGCUGUUCGAUGA